UGUAGAAAGCAUUUACAGUUUCUACACGGACACGGAGGAAAUGGAGGCCAAUGACGUUCUCAUCAUAACACAACAAUACGGAUGAUAUUGUACGGACGAAGUAACGACGGGAGAUUAGGUUAUAUCCUGCAGUUCACAAGUCGAGAGAAACUGACAUUUAUCAGGGUUGCACGAGCUGAAACUAAUCGAAUGGAACCAUAGUAACCGAACGUCUAACGUUAUAGAAACAGCUGACUGUAGUGGCCGCAUGCUGAACUUCAUGACAAGGCACAACUAAAAAGAUAAUCAUGCUCAGUUUUCUUGGACUCCGCAAAGACUCCAAGAAGUCAACAUCCGAGAAGGAAGUGGAUGGAGGCUUUGUUAUCAUUGGAGAGACAGUUGAGGAACAGAGGAGGAAGAUGCACACCAUGAACAUUGCACAGCCGUCAACAAAUGUCAUAGUGCAGCCAUCAAAGUCAUCCUGUACAGUUCCAGCUCAACCCACCACAGCUGUCCCUACCACAGCGCCACUAGCAGGGAGCCCAACAGUGGAAGCUGCUUCAACUCUCCCAGAUCUCCUCGGGGACGUCCCCUUCACUUUGGCUCCUCACGUCCUGGCCGUGCAGGCGGGGUUUCCCCUGAUUCCAGACGUGCUGCUGUCCCGGGACAUAAACUACAACCUGGCUAGUUUUCAGUACGACUUCACUCUAGAGAACUCUGUGCUUCAUAAUGCCUAGUCUUUUUCAGUUUGAAUAUCAGGGCUGCCAUCGGGGGCUGGAUUAACAAACUUUCUCUUAGCCUAAAGAUUUCUAGCAAGAAGUCCUAUUUUAGGAGUGAUCUAGGAAAAUUGUCUGAGCAGGGGAGGGACUGAAAGUUUUAGUGUGGUUGACCCCGGUGCUAGGUAUGAUGCAUUCUUUUAAAAGGUGUGAUUGGUUGAUCAAAAAAAAACCAAAAGAAUCAUAAAUCAUACACGGUUCAGUGAUCAUGGGCGUAGAAUGGACAGUGAAAUCAACCUUAUCAUAGAAUAUAGUCGCCAUUAAGACAUUAUGAAAUUAUGAGUACUAUUUAUGAAGUGAACAUAAUGAAUAAACUGUAAGCCGUACUUUAAAAGUAGCCUACAAAAUGUUUAAAUACACAGGCCCUCCCACAUGCUGAUAGUUAUUCUAUUUAAAUAUGCGAUGAAAUACCUCUGUGCAUUUGCUCACAGUCAGUGCACGUCCACUGACAGGCUCAGAUUGUUAGUCUAAGUCUCUGACAACAUUAUGGAAAGGAUCCAUACAGAGACAGACCUUUCUGUUAAGGAGUAAGAAGCACCAAAGCCACCAGACUCCAUUUACAGAAACAAUGAUUGUAUCAUCGUAAAACACACUUCAUUCAAACUUGUCAAAAAACAGAAUGAAACUCACUAAAACUGUCUUGGUUCAUCCUUAAACUGUUCUCCACUCUCCUUGAAAUAAACCCUUCAUUAAGCAGAGAGAGAGAGAGAGAGAAGGCGGAAUAUUUUCACUGGAAGUUAUGACUGGACAGUGAGAGCUGUCGAGCAGUCGGUGGUCAGGAGUCGCUUGUCUGCGCUGGCGAGCUUGACUUUGUCCUCAUCUUUCUCCUCCUCAAAGCGUUUUUCAAUGAGUUUAGUCACAGUGACACAGCACCAUAUGAGUCUUACUGCACACCAAGUGGAUGAUGGCCUCGGACCAGAGUGCGUCACACUGUGUGUGUGUGUGUGUGUGUGUGUGUAUGCAAAUGAACCUACAGACUGACAAAAAUAUUCUUGGUAGUGAAGUGAUUAAGGGUUAACCACUGACAUCCCUAUUUUAUAAUCGCAGGUCUGUUAGCAGGGGGAGAAAUGGCUCGGCUUUCAUCAGUUUCUGUGAUUCCUGUCGUUACAGCGUUGGGAGGGAGAUGUGAGCGCAUCUCUAAUGAAAUCGACCACAAACAUUAUCCCUGCACCAUCUAAUCUGUAGCAUUUUAAUGAACUCACUGUCAUUCAGCAUUUGAAGAAUAUUUCUUCCAGCCUUUUCUCUUUCUGCCAUUUACUCCUCUACUUAAGGAACUCCUCAGCCUCUUCAAAGUCCUCUUCCUCACUCUUUACAGUUUUUCACCUUAGGAGCUCUCCUAAGGGCUAAGAUGCUUUGUGAAUACAUUUUAUCUUUACCAGGAUCUACUCUUAACUAUAAGGGGAAAUUCUUAGAAAGCAUCAUAAUUCUAUGAAUUCUCUUUCUCUUUCAAGACUAGGAGGAACUUUAUAAAUAUGGCCCCAGGCGUUCCACAGCUCCGCUGAGUAAGCAGCUGUGAUUCUGUAGCAUAUGAGCAAGUAAAAGCUCACUAAAAUUGCAUAAAACACAAAAUAAGUUGUAGAACUGAGAAGCAUUGAAUUUGUCGUACUAACUCCUUAUCCAUUUUCUACUGUCAGUGUAGGGGCAUUGAAAUCAAGUCACAUUACAUUGGAAAACAACCCAAUGAUGAGUGGAAGUUUGGCUGGCUGCUCUGAUGACGGUGAAACGUUCUUACUUCAUAGCUUUAUAGGAACUGAAAGGACUUGUGGUUUACGUGUUUCUUGUUGAGUUGCCCUCAACGCGGAUGCAGUCAGGGCACUACAGAUGUGGUCUUACUUAUGAUUGACUGUCAAGUCCUGAGGCACACUUCAAAUACUGUGACAUGCAGUGUGCACCGCUGAUGUUGUCUAACUGUGAAUAGGAUAAUUCCAGUUUAUUACAACUUGGGGUUCUAACAGUAUGGUAGCAUAGUGCUAAUCAAGUAAUUUGCUGAGAUCUGGGAACAUUGCUACAAAAAAGUCAGAGGGAUCAGGGGGUCAGAGGGGUAUUAGACUCUCAUAGUGCAGAAACUCCACACACAGCUGUGGUAAGAAAGGCAUGUCAAAGUUGGUUAAUGAAGUGUGGUGGAUGGUUUACAGUGGACAGUUUGACUAAUAAUUUUACAAUUGGCCUUUUCUCUUCCAGAUAAGUCUGACUAACCUGGUAAGCUUUUUUACAACCUGUCUGAUCAUCUGAUUACUAUAACUCUUCUACCCACACUGAACCUGACAGGUUUUUGGUUGUUUGCCAGGUGCAGUUGGGCUGGGUCUUAGAGACCCGGGUACUAGCCAGGAUCAGGUUUACUGACUGCUCAUGCCUCUGUCCACUUCAGACCCACUUUGCUAGAUCUCAGCAAUGAUCUUGUAGAGUAUAAUACUUUAUUAAAGUUAUUAAUGGAGGCCCAAUCUACAAAAAUAAGACCCAGGUUGUGCUACAUUAGAAGUAUCCUUUAAAUAAAGUUGAUAUUUUAUUGGGCAGACCUCCAAAGACCUUCUCAGGUCAUUUCUGGAUGUGGUUCAUAGAUGAUAAAGCAAUAACUUUGAUUGAAGCUUAGUACUUCGACAAGAAAUGUCCUACAUCCCAUUGAGUCAAGCCCAAGUCUUCAGUCGAGUCAUUGGAUGUUGGAUGUCUUGAAUCCUCUGUGGAGAGUGUCUGAUAAGGUGAAAAUAUACAGUAAGACUAUUUUUUACUAGCUACAGCUCUCAUGGAAUAAUUUAAUAUGAUGACAUUAUAUGUAGCAAAAACACUUCCUCCCACAAUUCAUGUUUUGACUAUUUUACAACUGUUCCCGCCAAUCAACAACAUGCUUGCUUGUACUUUGUGGCCUUUCUUUUGAUCCAACAGAUUCUUCUGCCAGUGUUAAUUUGCUGUCUUAUUUAUUCAGUCUGCAUUUUCCAUCAGUCUUCCCUUACUGUGUUUAUGGCAUACGUUUUCCAUGAGAAUGCAGUCAAAUAUACAUGCUGUUGCUCAUGACUUGCUCAGUACACAUUUCUGCACCAAGUCUCAUGUACUGUACUAGAUCUGAGAGAUGAAGCUGUGUGACCACUUGUUACAUUUAAACAUUGCCACCCACACAGUGGUGUGGAUAGAGUAUGAGAACUGUCUCUUUUCAUUGAUACUGUGAGCACUGUGCUACUCAACAUAUUGCUAAGUCACUUGGUAUUGUUGGUGUUUUAAGUGUUUGGGAUUCACUUCAAGACAGCACAGGGGUUGGUCCUUGAUGAUGAGUAUGUAAAUUCUCAAAUGGCCUUCAUUUACCUUCAUGGAAAUCUCAGCAUUUCCUCCAUGUUUAGCUGUUGUCUUGUUGAACUCAUGAUAGUGUCCUGUACCUUCCACAGCUCUAAAUCCAUCAGUACAGCAGGGUCUGAAUUUCUCUUCUAUAACAGAAGAAAGUGUUUUCAUUCACUUACAGUACAUUGCCCAGUCCUUUGAACUUGUUUUAUUGUUGUUAAGUGAAGUAAUCAUCCCUUGGUUGGUAGGCUUUUCAUGUGUUUUAUUCUCGGUUGCGUACCAUGGAUUGACAAAUCGGCAAAGUGGAGGCAACUGAGAAUAAUUGAAUGAAACCAACGUUUCUGUCAGAAUUUCUGUUGAAGGUUAGAACAGCAGAGUGACGAGUACUUGACUCUGUCGUCACACUGAUGGAAUUAAUGUAGGUAAAUGUACAUUAUGCUGAGUUUACAAGAGCCGUGAUGGUAAAGGUAACUUCAGCUCCUCAGUGUUUUUUACCCAGGCUUUGUUGGUGUCAAGCCUCUGUUUGUUCAUGCUGGUUGUUAUUUGACCAACAUGACCAAAUUAUAAUUAAAUUGUUUUUGAUUUGAGAAUUUAUGGUCACCAAGUUAAAAUCUCUGUAAAUGACGGUCAUCUCACUUUUUAAACCCUUUGCCUCUUAAAUUUGGCCUACCCAUGAAAAACAAACAAUAUAACAAACAAAGCAAGCUAUAAACAGUUACAACAUGCUGUAUCUAUUGCUGUUAAACACUGUAAAAUAGAGGGGAUUUCACCUCAGCAUUCAUUCAUCUGAAGAUCUUGACCAGAUUGAUGUGUGCAUCCUGUUUGAGUUAUGUUCCAACAGAUAACAUGAAGUUGGGUGUUUUUUUUAGUCAUUUUGUUAGUAUGGGCCUUUAAAUGAAGUAUAUAUUUUUUGCUGAGAAGAGGAAACACAUUUGCUUAGAGUCAUGCAUUCACCCAGGAAUUAGCCAGAUACUGUAUUUGUACCUUUGAUUUUUUUUGUACAUGAUCAAAUGUGGUCUCUUCAAACCUGCUGUGUCUUUUAAUGCACAGUUUAUAUACCUUUCAUAUCAUAUUUUACACCCAUUUGUUAACUCCUACAAAAAUGUUACUCUUAAACCAUCUCAUUCCCUGAGUGAAAGUGUCCAUCUGUUGAUGCUCGUAAUGUGCUCAGUUGGUUUUGAAUUUGGACGACUUACUUUAUGAAUAAAUUAGAAGAGUGUUGUUUAAUUUGUGACUGUUUCUGUGCACGAGUGAAAUGAUUUAUCAUCAGCUGACUAUAAGACCCCAACCUGUGUUUAAGGUCAACAAUAAACAGAUGGCAACAUGCAAAAUAUUUGCAGGAAAAACAUACAAAGGCAAGUUAAGGACUUGGACUUGAUAUAGGACAUCUUAGCCUUCAUUUGUGACUUGAUGGACUCUCUGUCAGACUUAUUCUUGACUUGGAUUUAGCUGUCUUGACUUGGGAUGGGAGACUUACAGUACUGUUUGGUGUGACUUAAAAAACAAUGACUUUAUCCCAACUCUGGAAUAUGACCUCUUUAUGUGUACACUUCUGCAAGGAUGGAAUAUUAUUUCUUUCUUGAUUUAGAAAGAAUAAGGAACAGAAAAUGAUUUCCGGUAAUGUUAUAGGAUCAGGUUGUAACAUACCCCUGUCUCACACAGUUCUCACACAGUUUGACUUUGUUUCCUGGGAAUGUUAAAUGGAAACCAGUAACCUAGAUUACACUUUAUGUGUAACUCGCAAUUUUCCUAGUGUCAAUCCCCUAAAAAAUGUUAAUCUUUAAUAUGUCUGUUGUAAAACAUAUGUUAAUUAAUAAAAUCUUAUCU